GCAGAGCCUACCGGAAGACCGUUUGCUUUUAAUGUGGGUCCGGGUUACCAACUGACACUUCCAUGUUGUUCAUCCUGGUAUUCUUGUCGCUUAAUUCUAAAUCUAGACGUUUCUUUUCUGAGGCUUCAGCCGCAAUCCCUUGUCCUUUAUUAGUUAAAAAGCAGAUUUUUUUUUCCUAGAGGAACUUCGCUUCUAUUAGGGCAAACUGACCCACCCACAUUACCCACGAGGCACCGCGAACGGAUUCGCACUGUGUUUCCCAGAGUUCCCCGCGUCUGUCGCCAACGUUGAAGACGUCGAAGCCAAGAUGGCGACCGGGACAGGCAAGCACAAGCUGCUGAGUACUGGCCCAACAGAGCCAUGGUCCAUCCGAGAGAAGUUGUGUUUAGCAUCUUCUGUCAUGAGGAGUGGGGAUCAGAACUGGGUAUCAGUUAGCAGAGCAAUCAAGCCCUUUGCAGAACCUGGCCGGCCUCCAGACUGGUUCUCUCAAAAACAUUGUGCUUCUCAGUAUUCUGAGCUCUUAGAGACUACUGAGACUCCAAAACGGAAACGGGGUGAAAAAGGAGAAGUGGUAGAAACUGUUGAAGAUGUUAUUGUUCGCAAACUGACUGCUGAGAGAGUUGAAGAACUGAAGAAAGUCAUAAAGGAGACACAGGAGAGAUACAGGCGUCUGAAAAGAGAUGCAGAACUAAUCCAAGCCGGGCACAUGGACAGCAGACUGGAUGAGCUCUGCAAUGACAUUGCAAUGAAAAAGAAAUUGGAAGAGGAAGAGGCUGAAGUAAAAAGGAAGGCCACCGAUGCUGCGUACCAGGCGCGACAAGCAGUGAAAACGCCUCCUCGAAGGUUACCGACUGUGAUGGUCCGCUCUCCUGUAGACUCUGCCUCCCCAGGAGGUGAUUACCCACUUGGAGACUUGACUCCAACCACUAUGGAAGAGGCUACCUCUGGGGUAACCCCUGGGACUUUGCCGAGUACCCCAGUCACCUCGUUUCCUGGGAUUCCUGACACCCUUCCUCCAGGCUCUGCACCCUUAGAAGCCCCCAUGACCCCAAUAACAGAUGAUUCACCCCAGAAAAAGAUGCUUGGACAGAAAGCAACUCCACCCCCCUCCCCUCUGCUGUCAGAGCUCUUGAAGAAGGGCAGCCUCCUGCCUACUAGCCCCAGACUGGUGAAUGAGAGUGAAAUGCCUGUACCCCCUGGCCAUCUGAACAGCACAGGGGUUCUCUUGGAGGUAGGAGGGGUUCUUCCCAUGAUACAUGGUGGGGAGAUACAGCCAACAACCAGUGCUGUGGCGGCCUCCCCGGCUGCCUCAGGUGCUCCCACUCUUUCCCGGCUUUUAGAAGCUGGGCCCACACAGUUCACCACUCCUCUUCCUUCCUUCACUACUGUUGCCAGUGAGCCGCCAGUUAAGCUUGUGCCACCCCCUGUAGAGUCUGUGUCCCAGGCUACCAUUGUCAUGAUGCCCGCGCUGCCAGCACCAUCCUCUGCUGCGGCUGUCUCCACUUCUGAAAGUGGAGCUCCAGUGAGCCAGCCUGAGCCCUGUGUACCCCUGGAAGCUGUGGGGGAUCCACAUACUGUGACUGUUUCCAUGGAUAGCAAUGAAAUCUCCAUGAUCAUUAAUUCCAUCAAAGAAGAGUGUUUCCGCUCAGGGGUAGCAGAGGCUCCUGGUGGAUCAAAGGCUCCAAGCAUAGAUGGGAAGGAAGACUUGGAUCUAGCGGAGAAGAUGGAUAUUGCUGUGUCUUACACAGGUGAAGAGUUGGACUUUGAAACAGUUGGAGACAUCAUUGCCAUCAUUGAGGACAAGGUGGAUGAUCACCCUGAAGUGCUGGAUGUGGCAGCGGUAGAAGCGGCGUUAUCGUUCUGUGAAGAGAAUGAUGACCCUCAGUCCCUGCCUGGCCCCUGGGAGCACCCUAUCCAGCAGGAGCGCGACAAGCCAGUACCUCUGCCAGCACCAGAGAUGACAGUCAAACAAGAGAGGCUAGACUUCGAGGAAUCAGAAAACAAAGGGCUCCAUGACCUGGUGGACAUCAGGGAUUCCGGUGUUGAGAUUAAGGUGGAACCCACAGAGCCAGAGCCAGGCAUGUCUGGGGCUGAGAUAGUAGCUGGAGUUGGUCCAGUUCCAAGUAUGGAGCCACCAGAACUCAGGAGUCAAGACUCAGAUGAAGAACCUAGAAGUUCUGCAGCUGGAGACAUUGGUGAGGCAGAUGGUUCCAGUGGGAAAGGCGAUGAGAGGCCACUUUCAGCUGUGAAGACAGAGGCAUCCCCUGAGAGCAUGUUGUCUCCAUCACAUGGCUCAAAUCUUAUUGAAGAUCCUUUAGAGGCAGAGACUCAACACAAGUUUGAAAUGUCAGACUCAUUGAAAGAAGAAUCAGGGACUAUUUUUGGAAGCCAGAUAAAGGAUGCCCCAGGUGACGAUGAGGAAGAAGAUGGAGUCAGUGAAGCAGCUAGCCUAGAGGAGCCUAAGGAAGAGGAUCAAGGAGAAGGCUAUUUGUCUGAGAUGGAUAAUGAGCCCCCUGUGAGUGAGAGUGAUGAUGGCUUUAGUAUACAUAACGCCACACUGCAGUCACACACUCUGGCAGACUCCAUCCCAAGCAGCCCUGCCUCCUCCCAGUUUUCCGUGUGCAGUGAAGAUCAAGAAGCAAUUCAGGCUCAGAAAAUAUGGAAGAAAGCCAUCAUGCUUGUAUGGAGGGCUGCAGCAAAUCAUAGGUAUGCCAAUGUGUUCCUGCAACCUGUUACAGAUGACAUAGCUCCUGGUUACCAUAGCAUUGUACAGAGGCCUAUGGAUUUGUCAACUAUAAAGAAAAACAUUGAAAAUGGACUGAUCCGAAGCACAGCUGAGUUUCAGCGUGACAUCAUGCUGAUGUUUCAGAAUGCUGUUAUGUACAAUAGCUCAGACCAUGAUGUCUAUCACAUGGCAGUAGAGAUGCAGAGAGAUGUCUUGGAACAGAUCCAGCAAUUCUUGGCCACACAGUUGAUUAUGCAAACAUCUGAGUCUGGAAUCAGUGCUAAAAGUCUCCGGGGGAGAGACUCUACCCGAAAACAAGAUGCUUCAGAGAAGGACAGUGUCCCCAUGGGCUCUCCUGCCUUCCUUCUCUCUCUCUUUGAUGGGGGAACCAGGGGACGCCGCUGUGCCAUUGAAGCAGAUAUGAAGAUGAAGAAGUGAAUGCCCUCUUUGAGCUGAGCCUGAAAUAGAAAUAAGCAAGAUACUUUAGCUUGGGCUUGUGGGCUCAGUUCCACACUUGAUCUUAGUCAAAAGGCUGAGAAGCAGGGAGUCCAGAAGUGGAAUUACAGAAGAGGAGGUGCCUGGGCCAAAUGACAUGAGUUGAGAAAAUCUCUUUUCAGAGAGUUGGAGUAGCACAGAUGCCUGUUUUAGGGCAGAAAUCAUGGGCUCUGUUAAUGCCCUAAUGUGUAACUAGCAGAUUGUAGCUAAUUUGUACUGUCUUGUGAAGUGUACAGAUUUUUUAAAUAAUAAUAAUAAUAAACCUGUGAAGUGUGUAUAUAUAACAAUCAGAAGGAAAACUCUGGCCUUUGGUGUGUCCUUUGUGUUUGAGAUGUGUUUUCUUUUUUUUUUUUUUUUUUUUUUUUAAAGACUUUAUUUAUUAUUAUAGUAAGUACACUGUAGCUAUCUUCAGACACACCAGAAGAGGGAGUCAGAUCUUGUUACGGAUGGUUGUGAGCCACCAUGUGGUUGCUGGGAUAUGAACCCUGGACCUUCGGAAGAACAGUCGGGUGCUCUUACCCACUGAGCCAUCUCACCAGCCCCGAGAUGUGUUUUCUUUACCAUGAUAACUGAGUGUGUAUGGGAUACAAUGGUUAGAGCUGAGUAGUCCCAUAGACUGCCUGCUAUGACUGAGAGGAGGUAAGUAACCAAGACCAAAGUAGUAAUUAGUGUUUUUAAAGGACUUGAUUGUGUAAAAAGGACAAUUUGACUAUUUUACUGGGCAUUUCUUGAAUGUUUGGGAAAUACUAAGGGUUUUAAGAUCUGGUUAUAUUUCUUAGGGAUUAGACCACGGGCAAAUGUAGCAGACAGGUCAGUCCUUGCCGAUGCUGUCAACCUCUCUAUAGGUAGAACUAGUGUACAGUGUUAGUUUGGUUAUUUUGAGGUGGAGUCUCCCUUUUUUGAUAAUGCUAGCCUACAGCUCAAAAUCUUUCAAUUUGAACUUUCCCAGUAGCUUGGUUUUACAGGUGUGUGUAGCACGCUAGGCCAAGAGUGCUUAAAAAAAAAAACAAACAAAAUUUACUAUUACAUUUGUGUAAAGGUUACUCUUUGAGGGUUGUGAUGUUUGGGGCUGGGAAUGUUUUUGGUAGAAUAAUGGUACAGCUUUUGGCUAGUUUCCUUGUCAAUUGCCAGUGCUGGGAGAAAGAAAUCCCAUGGAAACACAUACCAGUAAUUCCAACACUGAAAACCGAGGCAAGAGGAUAACUGACAGUUUGAAGCUAGCCUGGGCUACAGAGGGAGACAUUGUCUCAAAACAAUCUAUUAGUGGGGCCUGCAUGGAGUUCUCAGUGGGUUCAGACGCCUGCUAACAUGCCUGACCAUCUGAGUCUGAUCUCUGAAACCCACGUGGUGGGAGGAAAGAACUGACUCCUGCAAGGUGUGUUCUGACCUCCACGCAUUGUGGCAUGUGCAUUCUCAUAUAUAUGUACAUGUAUGUGUGCACACAAAUGUAAUGUGUUAAUAUGUCCUCAGUUCUAACUUCUGUUACUAAAUAAAAAUUUGAUUCAGCAGU